AUGGCGAAGACCUACGACUAUCUGUUUAAGCUGCUGCUGAUCGGCGACUCGGGCGUGGGUAAGACCUGCCUGCUCUUCCGCUUCAGCGAGGACGCCUUCAACACCACCUUCAUCUCCACCAUCGGAAUUGACUUUAAGAUCAGAACAAUAGAAUUAGAUGGAAAGAAAAUCAAGCUACAAAUAUGGGAUACAGCAGGCCAGGAGAGAUUCCGCACAAUCACAACGGCUUACUACAGAGGAGCCAUGGGAAUUAUGCUGGUGUAUGACAUCACAAAUGAAAAGUCUUUUGACAACAUAAAAAACUGGAUAAGAAACAUAGAGGAGCAUGCUUCUUCAGAUGUAGAAAGAAUGAUCCUGGGUAACAAAUGCGAUAUGAAUGAAAAGAGACAAGUCUCAAAAGAAAAGGGGGAGAAGUUAGCAAUUGAUUAUGGAAUCAAGUUUUUGGAGACAAGUGCAAAAUCCAGCAUAAAUGUGGAAGAGGCAUUUUUCACACUUGCACGGGACAUUAUGACAAAACUCAACAGAAAAAUGAAUGACAACAGUUCAUCAGGGGCAGGUGGGCCGGUAAAAAUAACAGAAAAUCGAUCUAAGAAGAGCAGCUUCUUUCGAUGCACGCUACUUUGAUGAACUUCUAAUGACAGACUGCAGCACACUUAGAACCUUUUCUGCUUCUUUGAAAGCACAGGGUCACAAAGCCUCAGAAAUAAUACCACCAAGCUGCUGCUGAGAGCUCCAUUGAACGUAGACUGCGAUACACAAAAUACCGAGUGGAUUUUGCUCACUAAGCCUAUUCGCCUGUCAGGCUCUUCUUUCUGAGAUAUGGAAGCUAUGAAGUGGAGACACAAAGAGUUAACUGUUUUCCUUUUUUACUUUCUGUUUUACUGCCUGUUGCAAAAGCUGCUAUGUUUCUUUUAACUUUGCACAUCCAUAUUGGCCUCUUAAUGCCUGUUACAGCACAAUCUUACGUUUAUAUUUGCACAGUUUGACUUGUAAGUAGGAUUCUUAACAGAUUUGUGCAGAUUUUUUUGUUCUCAUUUUGAACAAAUUUGUUUCCAAGGAGGAGAGCCAGGAUAAAAA